AUGCUAGACUGGGAGCCACAUAACUUUUUUCGCGGAGCCCCGUUUAUGAUCGCGCGGCUUUCAUCUCUGGUCUUUCUGGGGGAGAAUAGUUGUCGAGAUGUAGAAUGGCUCAAUAUUUCGGUCAACUAUACAAUCGACGCUUUCCAGGCCACUCGUGAACUUCGACUUUGCCCAUCCAUCUUCCGUCCUUUGAUACACUGGAUCCUACCAUCCACACGGAAGCUUCGCAAGCAUUUACACGCUGCGCGUGAAAUUGUCAGUAAAGAAAUAGAGAAGCGGGCAGCGAGUCGCCAGCUUCAAGCACAUGAGUCGCCCGACGCACUGAACUGGCUACACGAGGCUUCCGAGUCUUUUAAUUUGGGGUUCGAUCAAUCCUACGGACAAAUUGGCCUGUCGCUAGUGGCCAUCCAUACAACCUCCAGCCUGCUUACCAAUGUCAUCUACGAUCUAGCAGCAUACCCGGAGUAUGUUCAACCCCUACGUGACGAAAUCGAAGAGGUGCUCGCCGAGGACGACGGUUUAAAAAAGACCAGCCUCUUCAAGCUACGUUUAAUGGAUAGUGUGAUGAAGGAAUCACAACGCAUCAAUCCACUUGCAUUGGCUUUCUUAAACCGCAUCGCCGAAAGACAAGUCUCCCUAUCCGACGGCACUGUGAUCCCCAAGGGCGCAACUAUUGUAGUUUCUGCGCACACCUUCAUGGAUGAAGCCGUUUACCCUAAUGCAAGUCAUUUCGACGGCUAUCGAUUCUAUAAUAAGCGCCUGGAACCCGGGAGUCAGCACAGCUAUCAACUUGUAACAACGAGCAGUCAGCAUUUUGCCUUCGGCCACGGAGUGCACACAUGUCCGGGCCGCUUCUUCGCAGUCAAUGAGUCCAAAAUACUCCUCAUCCAUCUUCUAUUAAAAUACGAUUGGAAGUUCAAGGGGGAACGCAAGCGGCCAAAAAACAUAGAAUUUGGUAUCGAAUCUAUCCCCGACCCAAGCAUUGAGCUGCUUUUCCGAUCUCGUGAGCCAGAGAUCGAUUUGACGGCAUUAGGCGAGUAA